CGAGGGGAACCGAGCGCUCUCGUGCCGGACGUUGCGCGGCCGCGACGCCCGACGCCGGCUGGGCAGCGGCGCUCUGGGCUCCGCGCUGCCGGUGGUAUCUGGCGUGAGCCCACGAGGUUCCGGUCCGUUCGGCGCAGGUUCUUAAAAAAUCUUUAGGGCUUUCUACAUAUAAGAUCAUGUCAUCCACAAACAGAUUCUUAGACUCUACAAGUAAAGACAAGCUCAUGUUCACAAUAUACCAUGGCUUCAUCAUCAAGGUCCAAGAUGCUGUUGCAGUGGGAGUGCCCUCCUCUCGGGCAAUGCUUUAGUGGAGUUUUCUGCUGAAGCACUGGCUUUCCUGCAUGGCCUCUCUUCAUUCUGUUUCCUGUCAUCGCAGCAGCCUCACUACCGGGAGAAGAACCAGCUCAAAGCUGAAGUCCAUGAAGUUGCUUGAGGUUCUGAAUGCUCUGGAGGAGGAGGAGUCUGGCCAGAGUAGGGAGGAGAUCUUCAUUGCACCGCCCAACAAUGCUUCAGGGGACUUCACUGAUGAGGACUCGGGUGAUGAAGAUGGCCGGCGAGGAACCCACCUGCCUGGCAAUGUGCUGCAUGCCUUUGUUGUGCCUGAGGACUCUGGCACUGGGGAGGAUGAUGAUGACCUGCAGCUGCAGCCAGCCAUGAAGAAGCAAAAGGCAGGAGUGGAACCUCAACAUGUUUGGACCAAAAGAGAUAUCUGCCCGGACUUCACCAGUUGGACAGCAUCGGAUCCUCAUAUGGAGGAUCUCAAAAGCGAGGAACUGAGUCCUGUAGGCCUCUUUGAAUUGUUUUUUGAUGAAGGAACAAUUAAUUUUAUUGUUAAUGAAACCAAUCGUUAUGCUUGGCAGAAGAAUGUCAACCUGGGUCUCACAGCUCAGGAAUUGAAGUGUGUUUUGGGCAUUUUGAUUUUAAGUGGGUACAUCUCCUAUCCAAGGAGAAGGAUGUUUUGGGAAACAUCCCCUGAUUCACAUCAUCAUCUUGUGGCUGAUGCAAUUAGAAGGGACAGAUUUGAACUGAUCUUCUCAUACCUGCAUUUUGCAGAUAACAAUGAGCUUGAUGAAAGUGAUAGGUUUGCCAAGGUGAGGCCUCUCAUUGUCCGCAUGAACUACAAUUUCCAGAAGCAUGCACCCUUGGAAGAGUUCUACAGCUUUGGCGAGUCUAUGUGUGAGUACUUUGGACACCGGGGGUCCAAGCGUCUGCCUGCGGGGAAACCUGUGCGGCUGGGCUACAAGAUCUGGUGUGGGACCACCAGCAGGGGCUAUUUGGUGUGGUUCGAGCCCUCACAGGGCACACUGUUCACUAAGCCAGACAGGGGCCUGGACCUAGGAGGCAGUAUGGUGGUGAAAUUUGUGGAUGCACUUCAGACACGUGGGUGUCUGCCAUACCACAUAUUUUUUGACAAGGUUUUUACAAGUGUCAAAUUGAUGUCCAUUUUAAGGAAGAAAGGAGUGAAGGCCACAGGAACUGUUCGUGAGUACAGAACUGAACGAUGUCCCCUUAAAGAUCCCAAAGAACUGAAGAGAAUGAAGAGGGGUUCGUUUGAUUACAAAGUUGAUGAGAGUGAGGAGAUCAUCGUGUGCCGCUGGCAUGAUAGCAGUGUGGUCAACAUCUGCUCCAACGCUGUGGGCAUAGAGCCAGCAGGGCUGACCAGCCAUCACUCGGGAGCAGCCAAGACGCAGGCCCAGGUUCAUCAGCCAUCCCUGCUGAGGCUGUACCAGGAGAAGGUCGGGGGUGUCGGCCGCAUGGACCAGAACAUCGCCAAGUACAAGGUGAAGAUCCGGGGUAUGAAGUGGUACUCGAGUUUCAUUGGCUAUGUUAUUGACGCUGCUCUUAACAAUGCAUGGCAGCUGCACAGGAUAUGCUGCCAUGAUGCCCAGGUGGACCUUCUGGCCUUCCGGAGAUAUGUGGCCUGCGUGUACCUAGAGAGCAACGCGGAUACAUCAUCCCAAGGGAGGCGAAGCAGGCGGCUGGAAACCGAGAGCCGCUUUGACAUGAUUGGGCACUGGAUCAUCCACCAGGACAAGAGGACCCGGUGUGCCCUGUGCCACUCACAGACCAACACCCGCUGUGAGAAGUGCCAGAAGGGCGUCCAUGCCAAGUGCUUCAGGGCGUACCACAUCCGGUAAUGCAUCCUGGGCAGAGGGAGCCCCCUGGAUGUUUGGUUUGUUAUGAGAUGUUUACAGCUAAUUACAUAUAGCAUUUGGGGCCUUUGUGUGUUGUGUUGACAAAAAGAGACCUGAAUCCCUGAUUUGGUUUUGUAUUCUUCCUCGUCUUCCUUACAGUUAUCUUUUUAUCAUCUUCUGUUAUGCCUACAUGUAAUAUAAAUUAAUAUUUAUGUUAGUAAUCAUAAAUGUUUAUAAAUAUAUAUUUUAUACUGUUUUUUAUUUCAACUUAUGGGCCCUUUUUUAUUCAAAUAAAAAUCUUGCUUUGGGG